AUGGAUCAGGAUCCCAACCAACCGACACAACAGCAAUCCUAUCCUCAACUACGCGCACCGCUUUCCUCACGUGUUAGGUCCCUUGCCACCGCCCUGAAGCCCGGCAAAACCACAUUCCCACGACUAGGACGGUAUCUGAAAGCUUUCUUCUUGGAUCAUUGGCUUGACCUCGUUGGCAUCCUGAUCGUCGUGGGCAUAGCGGGGGUGAUCUGGAUCAUUCCUGCCCGUCCUCCUCUUCUCUUCCCGCUCCUCACUCCAGACGGCGCUACUUACAACCCCUUCAUUGGCUACCCUUAUGUGACGCCCAUUCUCUCCUCUCUCCUCACAGGUCUUCUCUGCGGCUUUAUACCCCUUGCGGUGAUCCUUCUCUCGCAAGUCUUCAUCCGAUCCUUCGCCGAUUUUUCCUCAGCCACUCUGGGUCUCUUGUACUCGUUGGUUACGGGGACAUGUUUUCAAGUCAUCCUGAAGAAAUCCAUCGGUGGGCUCCGACCGCACUUCCUUAGUGUCUGCAGACCAGUUGUCCCAGAAGGUCUCGUCGGCUCUGGAUAUCACGGGAUGAUGUACCGCGUCGAGGAUGUCUGUACAGGCAACUCGAAAGACAUCACCAACGCGUUACAGUCAUUUCCCUCAGGGCACAGUGAGAUUGCGUUCGCCGGGCUGGGAUACCUUUCGAUUUAUCUCUUCGCCCACUUACAGAUUGGUGACGCCUCCAAAAUGAGAAAGCGAGGCUUUUGGUGCAUGAUUUUGGUGCUUAUGCCCAUUCUGUUUGCGACGUAUAUCUCGAGCGCUCUGGUCCUGGGAUAUCACCAUCACGCGCAUGAUUGCCUAUUCGGUGCGGCAAUUGGUUGUCUGACCGCGGUGUUGGGAUACAGGAUUGCUUUUCGAAGUUUGCUCAAUGCGAGGAUGAACUGGAGACCCAGGGUGGGGAGGAGGCUGAAGAGGGCUAUUGACACGGAGAGCGAGAGGGGAAGCGAAAAGAGACCGGAGAGGGAUGCUGCUCCUGAUGGAACAGGCCAUGGCAGCGCAUUGAGAAGGCCGAGUCCUGGUAGAGGAGAGAUACGAAGUGAAAGUGAUACGGGGGAUGAGCUUGAGACGGAUACUCGUGUUUGA